UACAUAUACCAUAGCGUUGUUAUUACAUUUGUCCAAACACUACGUGUAAGCUAUCAUCUCUGUAUGCAAACAGCCUUCGAUCACACUUCUACAAUACACGAGAAUCACGAGUAGACCAGAAUCAAUUCUUCUCAACAUGUCCGUGUUGUUCAAAUUUUGCGUGGCAUGCAUCGCGUCUGUCAUCCUUGCAGGCAAACAAAAUGAAGUGCCUAAAAACAAUUGCGAGAAAGAAGCUGAUUGUUUUUUAAAAAACUUUCCACUGCACAAUUCAGACCCUAUGAAAUUUGACAGCAAAAAAUAUGCGGAAACAUGCGACGCAAAAAAUAAUUUGAAAACGUGUUUGAAAAAUAUAAAAAACAAAUGUAAGACCGAAGAAUGGCAAGAGAAGCUGGAUAAAAUGAGCGAAGCAGAAACUUUCGUAUUUGACCUUUGCAGUCAAUCUGGAAAUGCAGCUUAUAUACAACUUUAUGCGACCAAGUGCUUGGACAAUCCUCAUUCGGUUAUGUAUACUAUAACUAAUUGCACUACAGAAAUGGAUACGUGCUUCAGAUCAGACAACUCAUUUUCACUUAGAUGCUUUCGAGGACAAUUCAAAGACUGUGUUGCAGAUUCUUUACUGGAAAAGUGUGGUCUCACAGCUGCCAACUUAUUUGGGGAUAUCAUCUCAAUAUAUUUUAUGAUCGGUGAAAUCGACUCAGAAUAUUCAAAUGUUAUAUCAAAAUAAGUUAUGGGAAACAGUGUUUGCUAUUUUCCCUCAAUAAAAUCCUGCAAACUGUA